GGGCGUGCACUGGUCGCCCCUCCCUCCUUGCCCCCACGGUGCCAUCUCCAACAGGCUGCCCACAGCAGCAGGCCCCGGAUGGAGCCCGGGACACCUCAGCGGGCAGCAGCGUCCUCCAGGAUGAGCCUUGGGGCCAGCGCGACCCAGGCGUCCAGCAGGCCCGAGGCCGGCGUGUGCUCGCUGGCACUUCCCUCAGACCUGCAGCUGGACCGCCGAGGUGCUGAGGGGCCGGAGGCCGAGCGGCUGCGAGCAGCCCGCGUCCAGGAGCAGGUCCGGGCCCGACUCCUGCAGAUGGGCCAGCAGCCCAGACACAAUGGGGCAGUCGAGACCGAGGGGGUCACCGAGGCAGCCAGAGGCACCUCCAGGGGUCAGCGCCACACACUGCAGGCUGGCUUCAGCUCCUGCUCCCAGGGCCUGAGUGGGGACAAGACCUCGACCUUCCGGCCCAUGGCCCAGCCAGCCUACAGCCCAGCCUCCUGGUCUUCCCGCUCCGCCGUGGACCUGAGCUGCAGUCGGAGGUUGAGCUCUGCCCACAACGGGGGCAGCACUUUUGGGGUGGGGUAUGCCCAGCCCACCCCACCCAUGCCCGCCCGACCCGUGUCCUUCCAUGAGCGGGGUGGAGUGGUCAGCCGGGCAGACUAUGACACACUGUCCCUGCGCUCACUACGGCUGGGGUCUGGGGGCCUGGAUGACCGCUACAGCGUGAUGUCUGAACAGCUGGAGCCUGCAGCCACCCCCGCCUACAGGGCCUUUGCCUAUGAGCGCCAGGCCAGCUCCAGCUCCAGCCGGGCAGGAGGGCUGGACUGGCCAGAGGCCAGCGAGGGGCCCCCCAGCAGAACCAUUCGUGCCCCUGCCAUGCGGACCCUGCAGAGAUUCCAGAGCAGCCACCGAAGUCGUGGGGGCACUGGGGCAGGGCCAGGGGCUGGCCUGGAGCCCGUCGCCCGAGCUCCAUCGGUGCGCAGCCUCAGCCUCAGCCUGGUGGACUCAGGCCACCUGCCCGACAUGCGUGGGCUGGACAGCUAUGUUGGCCACCGUACCCUGCAAAGGCUCAGCAGUGGCUUUGAUGACAUUGACCUGCCCUCAGCGGUCAAGUACCUCAUGGCCUCAGACCCCAACCUGCAGGUGCUAGGAGCAGCCUACAUCCAGCACAGGUGCUACAGCGACGCUGCAGCCAAGAAGCAGGCCCGCAGCCUUCAGGCCGUGCCUAGGCUGGUGAAGCUCUUCAACCACGCCAACCAGGAGGUGCAGCGCCACGCCACGGGCGCCAUGCGCAACCUCAUCUAUGACAAUGCAGACAACAAGCUGGCCCUGGUGGAGGAGAAUGGCAUCUUCGAGCUGCUGCGAACUCUGCGAGAGCAGGAUGAUGAGCUGCGCAAGAACGUCACAGGCAUCCUGUGGAACCUGUCGUCCAGCGACCACCUGAAGGACCGCCUGGCCCGGGACACUCUGGAGCAGCUCACAGACCUGGUGCUGAGCCCCCUAUCGGGGGCAGGGGGCCCGCCCCUCACCCAGCAAAACGCCUCUGAGGCCGAGAUCUUCUACAAUGCCACGGGCUUCCUCAGGAACCUCAGCUCAGCCUCACAGGCCACACGCCAGAAGAUGCGGGAGUGCCACGGGCUGGUGGACGCGCUGGUGACCUACAUCAACCACGCCCUGGACGUGGGAAAGUGCGAGGACAAGAGCGUGGAGAACGCCGUGUGUGUGCUGAGGAACUUGUCCUACCGCCUGUACGACGAGAUGCCACCCUCAGCCCUGCAGCGGCUGGAGGGCCGGGGACGCAGGGACCCGGGCGGGGCCCCACCAGGCGAGGUGGUGGGCUGCUUCACUCCACAGAGCCGGCGGCUGCGUGAGCUGCCUCUCGCGGCCGACGCGCUCACGUUCGCAGAGGUGUCCAAGGACCCCAAGGGCCUCGAGUGGCUGUGGAGCCCCCAGAUCGUGGGCCUCUACAACCGGCUGCUGCAGCGCUGCGAGCUGAACCGGCACACGACGGAGGCAGCUGCCGGGGCUCUGCAGAACAUCACCGCCGGGGACCGCAGGUGGGCAGGGGUGCUGAGCCGCCUGGCCCUGGAGCAGGAGCGCAUCCUGAACCCGCUUCUAGACCGUGUGCGGACUGCUGACCACCACCAGCUGCGCUCACUGACCGGCCUCAUUCGAAACCUGUCUCGGAAUGCCAGGAACAAGGACGAGAUGUCCACCAAGGUGGUAAGCCAUCUGAUUGAGAAGCUCCCUGGCAGUGUGGGCGAGAAGUCCCCCCCAGCUGAGGUGCUGGUCAACAUCAUAGCUGUGCUCAAUAACCUGGUGGUGGCCAGUCCCAUCGCUGCCCGAGACCUGCUCUACUUUGAUGGGCUCCGGAAGCUGGUCUUCAUCAAGAAGAAGCGAGACAGCCCUGACAGUGAGAAGUCCUCCCGGGCAGCCUCCAGCCUCCUGGCCAACCUAUGGCAGUACAGCAAGCUCCACCGUGACUUCCGGGCGAAGGGCUAUCGGAAGGAGGACUUCCUGGGUCCAUAGGCGAGGCCUCCUGGAGGAGACGGUGGUGAGGCCCAGCCUCCAAAGAACAGGCUCAGCUCUAGCCGCUUGCCAUCCAGCCUGGAGGAGGAGGCUGCUGGCUCAGGGGCGUCUCCACAGAACCCCACAUGCACCUUCAAGGCACCUGGACCACCAGGAGGGGAAGGGCUUGCUGAUGGGAUUUGGCUUCUGCAGGGCAGGGGAUCGGGCAGGGGUUGAGGUUGCUCUGGUAUGUGGGUGGUGACCUGGUCACAAUGGCAGAGAUGGGGCUGGCCAUGGCCUGGCAGCACCUGGCAGCA